AUGGAUUUUAAAAAAUUAAUUAUAUUUUGUAUUUUUUUUGUAUUUUUUGUUUAUAAAACUCAAUCAUUUGAAUAUAGAGAAUAUCAUUAUGGUAGUGAUAAUUGUAAAGAUAAGUUACAUCAUAUAUAUUCAACAUCAAUGUGUUCAGAAUAUGGGUUAAUUCAAUACAAUUCAAGUGAAUCAAAAGUAACAAUUAUAAAGAGUAUUAAUUAUAGUACAUGUGAAAUCGAUUCAAAUAAAACAUUAGUUAGUACAAGUUAUUUUGUAAAUAAAUGUACAAAACUUAAUUCAGUUUCAAGUGUUUUCAUUAGAGUAGAACCAGAUGAUAAUCCAUAUAAAUUAACAGAUUUUUGUAAUUCAAUUACAUUUAUAAAUAAUAAUUGUGAUAAUGUUAUUGUAAAAUCUUUUAAAAAUAAUACAUGUUUCAAUGCAAAUGAUUAUGAUUUAAAUAAUAAUAAUAAUAAUAGUAGUAAUAAUAACAAUAAUAAAAAUUCAACUGAAAUUAAUAAUUUCAAAAGAAUAAGUUGUAGAGGUAGCUAUAUUGAUAUUGAUAUUUGUAAUGGUGGGUGCUCUGAUAUUCAAUGUAAAUUUAAUGCAACAAUAGAUUCAAACUCUGCAAGUUGCCCAGAAAUUCAGUAUCAAAAUUUACAUAACAACAGUCAAAAAUUAAAUAAUAGUUCAAUUUUAUUAUUUUUAUUCUCAAUUAUAUUAAUUUUAUUAAUUUUUUAA